AAAAAAGAACGUUGGCGGCCGGCGGUGACGUAAAAACACAGCGCGGUACUUCAGCGCAUACACCUUCCGCGGGAGUGAAGGCUGGCCUGUCAUGGUGAAUUGCAGUUGCGUGUUUUUCAGAAAGUAUGGAAACUUCAUUGAUAACCUAAGACUCUUCACCAGGGGAGGAAGUGGUGGAAUGGGUUACCCUCGUUUAGGUGGAGAAGGUGGAAAAGGUGGUGAUGUCUGGGUUGUAGCCCAUAACAGAAUGACUUUAAAACAACUUAAAGACAAAUAUCCUCAGAAAAGGUUUGUGGCUGGAGAAGGAGCAAACAGUCAAGUUAGUGCACUGAAAGGCUUCAAAGGAAAAGACUGUGAAAUUCCUGUACCUGUGGGUAUUUCAGUAACUGAUGAAAAUGGUAAAAUUAUAGGAGAACUCAAUAAAGAGAAAGACAGAAUUUUGGUAGCCGAGGGAGGUCUUGGAGGUAAACUACUGACAAAUUUCUUACCACUGAAAGGCCAGAAGCGAAUCAUUCACCUCGAUCUAAAACUUAUAGCUGAUGUAGGACUAGUGGGAUUCCCAAAUGCUGGAAAGUCCUCUUUAUUAAGUCAGGUUUCUCAUGCAAAACCUACAAUUGCAGAUUAUGCAUUUACCACAUUAAAGCCUGAACUUGGGAUGAUUAUGUAUAAUGACUUCAAACAGAUAUCAGUAGCUGAUCUUCCUGGUUUAAUAGAAGGAGCACAUAUGAACAAAGGAAUGGGCCACAAAUUCCUCAAGCAUGUAGAAAGGACUAAGCAACUACUUUUUGUUGUGGAUAUUUCUGGGUUUCAGCUUUCUUCCCAAACUCAGUACAGAACUGCUUUUGAAACCAUAAUACUGCUUACAAAAGAGUUAGAGUUGUACAAAGAGGAACUUCAGACAAAACCUGCACUCCUGGCAGUUAAUAAAAUGGAUUUGCCGAAUGCCCAAGAUAAAUUCCAUGUACUGAUGAACCAACUCCAAAAUCCUAAAGAUUUCCUGCAUUUAUUUGAAAAAAACAUGAUUCCAGAGAGGACUAUGGAGUUCCAACAUAUCAUCCCCAUCUCUGCAAUUACUGGAGAAGGAAUUGAUGAAUUAAAAAACUGUAUAAGAAAAUCUCUGGAUGAACAUGCUGACCAGGAAAAUGAUGCAUAUCAUAAGAAACAGUUGCUUAAUUUACAGAUUUCCAAUACAAUGUCUUAUAGCAAGCUGCCAUCAAAGAAUGCUAUUACUAGUCCCAGAUAGAUAUAAUUUAAAUCUAGAUACUGAAAUUGUUUUCAUUUGAAAGCUUUUUCUCAGACAAGUAUUUUUUAGAAAGGUAGUUAUUACUAACUUCUGGUAUAUAUGCCAUCAUUCAAGAACCAUACCUCUUUAAAGUUACUAUUUGCAGUUAAGUAUAGCAAUAUUAAAAGUGUAACUGAAGCUAAAAAUGACAGUUUAUAAUUUAUGGCCAAUCCACCUAUAUGAAAGUCCUCUGAUAUUCUUGUACUUACAAUGUCUUUAGUGAGAUUAUAUAGAUAGAUAGAUUCCCUAGAAUAUUAAUAGAAUGAGCAACUAGGUUUUGUUUAUUUUUUAGUCUGUCAUAUUCCUGGUUGUACUAAAUAUAUAAUAGUUCCCUUUUUUGUAAACCCUCAAAACCCUGAAUCUGAACAUAUGUUCAGUGAUAAUAAAGAUCACUGAUAAUAUUUAACAGAAGCCAGCAGAUAGAUGUUUGUAAUUUCAUCUUUUGGAAAUUUUUCUUUCUUAAGUAUAAGUGUUUUUCCUGCUUUGGAGCAGACUGAUGUAUAUCUCAUUUUCUUGCCUCCUAACCUGUGUCAUUGUUUAUUUUUGUAUUUUAGUAUAAAGAAAAUAAAUAGGAAGUACAAACUUUAGACAGUAUUAUCAAAUCAUUAGUAUAUUCCUAAGAGAUUAUAAUUUCUUAAUUUCUGCCCAAGUUUCAAUAGUACUUACAAAUUGGACAUUUUCUCUUUGUGAGUUUUAUUAUAAAAUAUACACAUUUGUUGUAAAAAAAAAAAAUUUAACAGCUCAAAAGCAUAUAAAUUUUAAAAAAGCUCCUGUCUUUCUGCAUUAAGCCCUCAAGUCCUUCCCAGGGAAAAUGACUGUCGAUAGUUUCUUAUGUUCCUACAGAAUUCUUUUAUUUCAUGUACCUUUUUACCCAAAUGAGUUCAUUAUAUGGUUCAAAAAGGUUCAAAACUUUUUCCAAGUUUUUUUUUUAACAGAACAGUAGCAAGUUAAUGAGCUUUUUAAAAUUAUUCUUCAAUGCUUCUUUUAAAUUAUUAGGUAUUGUUUUGGAAUUUAAGGUUUAGAGAAGGCUUUACAUAAUGGCUCUAAGUAUUAAAGUGAUGCCAGUAUUGUUCUACUUAAAUUUCUUCUGAUAUGACCAUGUGACUUUUUUCAAGCAUCACUUCACUUUUAUUCUGUUUUCUGUUCCCCACUCCCAUCUCACAUCCCAGGUCCCCAGGUCACUGGCUUUUCUUACGUGUUUUUUUUCAUUACACAGGUAUUUAUUGAGUGUCUCCCCUGAGCCAGGCACCAUUCAGAGUGCUGCAUGUAGUGUUGAAGAGGGGAAACAGGGCCUGCUGUCCUGAUAAAUCUCACAUUGAAUAGCAGAAACUGCAGGGCAUUAGAAUAGCCUGGUUCCACUUUAUAGCAAAGGAGCAAGAGUGUUUGGAAUUUGAACACCUGUACUUACCAUAGUGACUACGUUUCAUAUUGAUGUGUUUUACAUUUAUGACUUCAGUAUCAUUUUUCUCAUUUUUACUUAUAUUAUUUACUAAAUAUAAAAAAGUAGCAACAUGAGGAUAGUUUCAUCAGGUGAAUUUCUGAAGUUCUGACACCACAGUCUUUAUAUCCUGCUGUGGCAAAAGACAGUAGUGUGUAUGGAGAAUUAAAAGGAAUUGUAUCUCAUUUGCUCUAUAAUGUCCAGGUUACUACUCUACAGCUAACUGCAGCAUUUGUUACAUAACUCACUAAAAUGUUCCAUUAUUUGUAUUUUCUAGUUACUGAAAAUGUACUUCUAUGUACCUUUUUCUGUUGACUGAUUCUUAUUUUAAAAGGAGUAAAUCUGGAUUUCUUUUUUAUUUUAUAAAAAAAUUUUUUUUAUUUUAAAGAUUGAUUCUGAAAUAACUAUUUUAACAUCAUCUCAGAUGCCAUUUAUUUUGUUCUUAAGCAAGACUUUUUCAUUUUUACCUUUCAGAACAUGUACUUUUUAGAAUACUUCACUGUCGUAUUUCUGAAUAGCCAGGGUAUCAAUACACUAUGUGUAACAAAUUUUUACUAAGUCCAGUAGCUCACUUACUAUCAUGAAUUACAAGUUUAUACUACCAGGCAUUGUCAAGUAUUAAAUAUGUUGUACUGUGAGGUUGGAUCUGUGCUCUGAAAAAAAAAAAGAGAAUACAAAAAUUCUAGAAAUCUGUUGUUCUUUUUGUAAUAUAUAUCUAUGUUGCUUUUAUCACAGCAAUAUGAACUUUAUGUAAAAAUCAAUAUUUUAAGUGUUAAACAUGUAUUAGUUAUAUAAUCAGAAGAAAGUCUGCUUUCAUAGUGGGAAAAAUUAGGUCAAGCGCAUUUUAUUUCAGGUUUUAUCCAGUUAGUUUCCUUGUAAAAUUUGUUCCUGUUAACUCAAUGUUCAUUUGCUUUGGGAGAAUGGAGUAUAGAGAUUCAUUUGAGAAAGUUAAUGAAAACUACAGGGUUUUUUUUUUCUUGCCAAAAAUGCAUAUAAAACCUUGGAGUAUUUUCCAAGCAGUUCUACAGGUCGUGCAACAUUCAGAUAAAAAAACUCGGUUAACAAAGGUAAGUUCCAUCUAGAGAAGUUUAAUAUCAUUUAAGGUACAUUAUAAAUAACCUUUCAAAGCAGCUAAGGUAAGUAUACUUACAAACUGUAGCUUAAAAACAAUGAAAAUUAGCAAUAAUAUACAUUGUAAGACUUACACUGAAGACACCUUAUCUCAAAAAUAUGGCAACAUUUUGUCUGAAGACCAGAUUGAAUUGAAUUUAGUGCACAUUUUGAAACCCUUAAGAGCACCUCAGAUUUGGUUUAAAUCUAUUCCUCCUCCUUAUGGAAUAGACAAGUGAAACAACUACAGAAAUUUUGAGUACAUGGUCUGUAGUGGUAAUCAUAAUAUCUAACAUGAUAAUGUUUCUAUAUGCUGAGCACUGUGCUGAAUGUUUCACAUGUAUUUUCUCUCUUAAACACUGUAUUGCCUCCUGGUCAUUUAUUUUUUAAGUUGUAUGAUGGAUACAUGACUGUUUUGGUUUGUUUUUUUUUUACCUUUUGAGAGUCUGAAAUAUUUUAUAAUUUAAAAACAAGUCUGCCUUCAAACUAUACCUUAGGAAUUAAGCCAUUCAGGCAAACAUAGUUGACAGUUGCAGACAACAUGCUAUGAUUUUUACUGCAAAUUAGGCAAAAAUGAAAAACAUCUUUUUUUCUUAGAGAUUUCAGAGAAUUGUUUUCUGUUUUGUGAUUAGAGCUUGGCAGGGAGAAGGUAAGUAUCAGGUAAGUAAAGGCUAGUGGGUGUCACAAGCCUCCUGAAGGAAAAGCAAAAUCAGAUAGGUAAUAGAAUGAGAAAAGGGGAGAGCGAGAGAGAGAAAAGUAUGUAAGUUUGAAAGUUGUAGUAUUUCCCUGGGGAUAGCUCAGGAGUAGCAGGUGGGUUUAUUGCCUCAGUUGACUUUCAUAGGAUGAAAAAAUACAGGGAUAUUUUCAACUACCAUUUCUGACUGUAACCUAUCACUAAUUUUAGGCAGUGCUAAUUUAAAAUUUUUGAUUUCUCAUUGUACAACUGUUGCUUAAUUAAUAGUUAUUGGAUACUUGGAAGACUUCAGGGGAAGUAAACACCUUUGAAUAUAUUACUAAUGUGUUCAUAAUAGAAAUUAACUCCUCGGGGAUCCCCAGAAACCAAGCUAUGUGAAGCAUAGCUAUUAUCUGAAUCGUGUCCUUUGAAAUAUUUGGAAUUUGAAGAAUAGCAUAUGCAGUUUAUAUUGUAACUAAUGUUGGAGCAAUCUAUGGCAAGGUAGGGUCGUUUUGGUUUUUUUUCUUCUGUUUUGUGAACUCUUAAGUGCAUUGAAAGUUAAAAGCAAAGGAUAAAAACUUCGUUCUCAUGGCACAAUGUAUUUUUCUGAAAUUGCCAAUAUCUUCUGACCAGUGCCUUCAUUUUCUAUUUGUUAUAAAACAUUAUUGUUGGUAUAAUUUCUAUAUAAGAGGCUUUGAGAAGACUGUAGUGUAAUCUUAAUAAAAAGGAUAUGACUCUGAAGCUAAAA